GAGUCUGAUAUGAAUGAAUAUGGCAAUUGUUGCUGUUGCUGUUAGCUGUUUGCGUGGAUUAGUGGACUUUGGCUUUUAGUGCGCUUUAUUUGCAGUAAGCGGCUUUCACUACAAAUAAUGUUUAGACUAAAAGUAAAUAAAUGGCGCUUUGGCACCAAUUUGGCUGGCGUACGAUACGCAACAACAACAACAACGCACGGCAAUCACUAUCAGUACCUACAGAAUUCCAAACUGCCAACGCUCUAUUUUCAACGUUCGCUGCCCAGGUUGCCCAUACCACUGCUGGAGAAGACAUGCGAGCGUUUCCUGGCCGCCGUCCAGCCCCUACUCAGUGCUGAGGAGCAACGAGACACGCAACAGGUGGUCGACCAGUUUCGCCAGGGCGUUGGCAUGGAGUUGCAUGCUCGACUAAAACAGAGCGAUGAAGCCAACAAACACACCAGCUACAUCUCGCAGCCCUGGUUCGAUAUGUACCUCUCGGAUCGGGCGCCACUGCCGCUCAACUAUAACCCGUUGAUAGUGAUGCGUGACGAUACGCGGCCAGCAUAUCAGCCACAGGUGACUCGUGCCACAAAUCUGAUCAUCAGUUCGCUGCGCUUCUGGCGCUCGCUACAGGCUAACAUCCUGGAGCCAGAGGUCUAUCAUAUGAAUCCCAAGAAGACGAACACGGACAACUAUCGACGCUGGAUGGCCAUCUCGCCCAAGGCCUUUGCCACGUACGCCUCGUAUGCAUUCAAGGCCUUCCCGCUGGACAUGAGUCAAUAUAGUCGGCUGUUUGGUACGACACGGCUACCCAAGCUGGGCAAGGAUGAGCUGGUGCAGUCGGCGGACUCUAAGCACAUACUGGUCAUGCGACGCGGUAACAUGUACGCAAUGAAUGUGCUCGACAGCAGUGGUUACAUAGAGAGUCCCAGCGUUAUACUGGGCCGUCUUAAGAGCAUCCUUGCGCUGGAUGCACAAAAGCAGUCCGCCAGCGUGCCUCUGGGCGUAUUGACAACGCAACAGCGUGAUCAGUGGGCAAGAGCGCGGACACAUUUUGUUAGCAAUCCAAAGAAUGCAGAUCUCCUAGAGCGAGAGGUGGAUGCGGCGCUGUUUUGUGUGUGUUUGGACAGCGAAGAGGAUGGAAUGUACAAUGAGGCUGAUCAGGUGCCCUUAAUAAAGCAUCAACUGGCGGGCAAGGCAACGAAUCGGUGGUUUGAUAAAUCGAUUUCGCUGCUGAUCAGUGCGGAUGGAGUAGCUGCUGUCAACUUUGAGCACUCGUGGGGCGAUGGUGUCGCUGUGCUGCGCUACUUCAAUGAGAUGUACUGGGACACACAGAAGCAGCCGUUUGUGUCAGCAACCUCGCCGCACACGCCAGCUGAGGGCGAUGCCAGCAAUGUGCGACCCUUGAACUUUGAGAUUGAUGACAGGACACGUGCAGAUGUCGAAGCAGCCUAUGCACACAACGCUGAAAUUGUGGAUAGUUUGGAUAUGAAUUAUUUGCAGUACCCGCAUCUGACUAAGGGCACCUGUAAGCAUCAUGGCUUAAGUCCUGACUCCAUCAUACAGCUUGCCUUCCAGCUGGCCUACCGGCAAGCCUUCAAACGCUAUGUGGGCACCUAUGAGUCCUGCAGCACAUCGGCAUUCCGUCAUGGUCGCACAGAGACAAUGCGUCCCUGCACAAUUGCCACCAAAGCCUUUUGCGAGGCAGUGCUGCAGCCAUCACAGAAGCAACCAAGCGCAGUGGAGCUGCGGGCCAUGAUUGACAAGUGCAGCAUUGUGCACGGUCAGCUAACCAAGGAGGCUGCCAUGGGACAGGGUUUCGAUCGUCACCUGUUCUCCUUGAGGCAUACGGCGAUGCUGGAGGGGCUACCGAUGCCGGCACUAUUCGAGACAGAGGCCUAUAAGCGCAUCAAUUAUAACAUUAUAAGCACCUCAACGUUGGGCACCGACACUGUAGUAGCCGGUGCCUUUGGUCCCGUCGUCAAGGAUGGCCUGGGCGUGGGCUACUCGAUUCAAAACGAAUUUGCUGGGGCCAUUGUGACCUCAUAUAAGAAUCAGGCUCAAGGCAAGGAAUUUGUGGAUAGCUUGGCAUCAGCAUUUGAACAAAUAUUAGCAAUCAUUGAGCAAAGCAGCAAAUCCGCUAAGGCCGAGACAAGGAACUAAAGAAAAGGAGAGCAAUGCCUAUUGAGUUGCCUAAAAUGUAGUAGUAUGAGAGAAAAUGUCAUUGGUUUAUUUAGAUAGUUUUACAAUGCAACCCAGGUGUCUGAGUUAAAAUAACUUAUUCCAAGGCUCUACAAUUUUAUUGGUUAUAGCGCCAACACAUUUCCCUCUGUCAAAUAUGUAUUUACAUAGGCAAUUAUUUGUUUGAAUUUUCUAUAAAUAAAAUGGUUGUUGUCCCGCUUU